CGCCGCGGCAGAACCGGCGGUCGAGGAGCUGCCUGCGCCCGGCCCAACCUCGCCGGGGAUUAUGCCAGCGGAGCGCGGGCAUGUCGGCAGGCAGCGACUCGUAGGCAGCGGUAGCAGCCGAGCCGCGGCGGCAUCAGCAGCGGGAGCCGCGGCCGCUGCGCCGGGAGCAGCCGGAUGUUGACACAUGUGGACCACCAGUGACAUCCUUUUUCAGCAAUGCUGUGUUUACUCCCUCCUGCAUUCAGAAGCAUCUAGAGAGAUUUCUUGCAGAAGGGAUCCUCAAUGUCUUUUCUUGCCAUUAUUUAAGGAGCCCUUACUGAAAGCUUCUGGGUUGUGUUUCUGAGUGGACAAGAGAUUUCUGUGUCAAGAUGCUCAUAAAGGAAUAUCGGAUCCCUCUUCCAAUGAGCGUGGAGGAAUAUCGGAUCGCGCAGCUCUACAUGAUCCAGAAAAAGAGCAGAGAGGAGACAUGUGGAGAAGGCAGUGGGGUGGAGAUCUUGGAGAACAGACCAUACAUGGAUGGACCAGGAGGCAACGGGCAGUAUACACACAAAGUGUACCACAUUGGGAUGCACAUUCCCAGCUGGUUCCGGUCCAUAUUGCCCAAGGCAGCUCUGCGAGUGGAAGAGGAAUCAUGGAAUGCAUAUCCUUACACAAGGACAAGGUACACGUGUCCUUUUGUGGAGAAAUUCUCUAUUGAUAUUGAAACCUACUACAAAAGUGAUCCAGGAGAGCAUGGCAACGUGUUCAACCUUUCUCCUGCAGAUAAAAGACAAACCAUUCUAGAUCCUAUUGAUAUUGUUAAAGAUCCUAUCCCUCCACAUGAAUACAAAGCUGAGGAGGAUCCUAGGCUAUAUAAAUCUGUGAAGACUAAAAGAGGCCCCCUCUCAGAAGACUGGAUUCAAGAGUACAAGAAUAACCCUGGGAAAUACCCCAUCAUGUGUGCAUAUAAACUGUGUAAAGUGGAGUUCAGAUACUGGGGGAUGCAGUCGAAAAUCGAGCGGUUUAUCCACGAUGUUGGUUUGAGGAAGGUCAUGGUCCGUGCCCACCGGCAGGCAUGGUGCUGGCAGGAUGAGUGGUAUGGACUCACCAUUGAGGACAUCAGGCAGCUGGAGAAGGAGGCACAGCUGAUGCUGGCUCAGAAGAUGGCCCAGUUCUGCAGUGAGAAUGAUGCAGAGCAGCACGGUGCCAAAGAUGCUCCUGGUGAGAAGGAUGCUGAAGCCAGCCCAGUUUCACCUGCUGACACAGAAGAUGCUGCUGGUAAUGAGGACACGGGCUCUGCGAGGUCACUCACCAAGCAGUGGUCCACAUCUUCCAAAUCCUCAAGAUCUUCAAAGAGAGGAGCAAGUCCCUCACGCCAUAGUAUCUCGGAGUGGAGGAUGCAGAGCAUUGCCAGAGAUUCAGAUGACAGCUCAGAUGAUGAAUUCUUUGAUGCACAUGAGGACUUGUCUGACAAUGAGGAAAUGUUCCCGAAAGAAAUAACCAAAUGGAGUUCCAAUGAUCUGAUGGAUAAAAUUGAAACCCCUGAAUGCGAUGAUGUCCAGGGUGAUUUGUAUCAUGAGACAUCAGCAGAAUACCACGUUGGCUCCAGUGUGGAGACACUCAGCAUCAUUGAAGAUGAAGCAGUGCAGCCAUUACUGCAGCCAAGUAAAAUCCAUGUCCUCCUCCUGGUACUCCAUGGAGGGAACAUCCUGGACUCAGGAAGUGGUGACCAGAGCUCUAAGCAGGGAGAUGUUAACACCAUCACAACAGUGUUUGACACAGUGAUGAGGGUCCAUUACCCAGCUGCUCUUGGGCACAUUGCCAUCAGGCUGGUCCCUUGCCCUGCCAUCUGCUCUGAAGCAUUUUCACUGGUGUCCAGCCUCAGCCCAUACAGUUAUGAUGAAGGCUGCCUGUCCAACAGCCAGGAUCACAUCCCCCUUGCUGCACUCCCUCUGCUAGCAACAUCCUCCCCACAGUACCAAGAAGCUGUAGCCACAGUCAUUGUCAGAGCCAACCAAGCCUACAGUGAGUUCAUCAGGUCCCAGGAGGGCACAUCAUUCAAUGGCCAGGUCUGCUUGGUAGGGGACUGUGUUGGAGGGAUCCUGGGCUUUGAUGCCUUAUGCUACAGCAACCAGACUGUGUCUGAGAGCCAGAACAGCAGUCGGCGAGGGAGUGUUGUGAGUGUCCAGGAUACUGAUCUGCUCUCUCCUGGAAUAAUGGUGAACAACAGCUAUUGUUCCAGUGGCUCUAAUCUGGAAGCCAGCAGACACCUCAGCAGGAGCAACAUUGAUAUUCCCCGGAGCAACGGAGAAGAUCCAAAGAAGCAGCUGCCACGGAAAAGGAGUGAUUCAUCAACCUAUGAAUUGGACACAAUAAAGCAGCAUCAAGCCUUUCUUUCAAGUUUACAUUCUAGUGUGCUGAGAAAUGACCCAGGAUCCAGGCGUUCCAGCAGCUCCACUAUGUUGGAUGGAGGGAAUAUUGGGAAGUUUGAAUUUGAGAUCACUGAUUUCUUCCUCUUUGGUUCUCCCUUGGGUCUGGUCCUUGCACUCCGAAAAACUGUCAUCCCAGCUCUUGACAUCUUUCAGCUCAGACCAGCCUGUCAGCAGGUCUAUAACCUGUUCCACCCUGCAGACCCAUCUGCUUCACGCCUCGAGCCUCUUCUGGAGAGGAAAUUCUACCUUUUACCCCCCUUUAAUAUUCCUCGUUACCAGAGGUUCCCACUGGGGGAUGGAAAUUCUGCUGUUCUGGUCGAGACAAUCCAGAACAAUCCCAUCCUCCUCAUGGAAAGUAGCCCUCUGGGUGCUCUCCAGCAGCAGGACAGCUUCAUGGAAACAAGUAUCCCUGUUCCUGUACUGAAUUGGCAAGAUGUUUCCAAUAAGAGUGCUGGUUUUGUUGAGUCAGAUGUUGUUCAGUCUCAUGGUGCCGUCUUCAUGGAAAACGCGUCCCUGUCCACCCCCAUUUCAGCCCCUCAGUUCAGGGGCUUCCGGAGAGCCAGUGAGAUCAGCAUUGCCAGCCAGGUCUCAGGAAUGGCAGACAGUUUCACUGCUUCCAACAUAGCCAACAAAACCAAACACCACCUUAACCAUUGUAGAGGGUUUAGCCUUCUGUCCCAACUUGCCCUCCCUCACAAAUCCCCUACCCAAACCUCAUCCAAGAGACGUAGGCAGAAUAAACAUGAAAUCCCUGUGAAGGGACGAAAGCUCCAAGGGCCGUGGAGUCAGACUGCAGACUGUGCUCUUCAGGUACCCGACCUGGACAUCAAGACAGUUGCUACCAAGUGGUGGGGAACCAAAAGGAUUGAUUAUGCUCUCUACUGCCCUGAUGCUCUGACCGCCUUCCCCACCGUUGCGCUGCCGCACCUCUUCCACGCCAGCUAUUGGGAGUCCACAGACGUUGUCUCCUUCUUGCUGAGACAGGUGAUGAGACACGAGAACUCGAGUGUUCUGGAGCUGGAUGGGAAGGAGGUGUCUGUCUUCACCCCCUCCAAGCCCCGGGAAAAGUGGCUCCGCAAGAGGACACACGUGAAGCUCCGGAAUGUCACAGCCAACCACAGGAUAAACGAUGCCAUUGCUAAUGAAGAUGGACCCCAGACCUUAACUGGAAGGUUUAUGUAUGGUCCCCUAGAUAUGGUCACACUCACAGGAGAAAAGGUGGACAUUCACAUCAUGACCCAGCCACCCUCAGGAGAGUGGGUGUACUUUGACACAGAGAUCAGCAACAGCAGUGGAAGGAUUUCUUACGUCAUCCCCGAGAACCGGCGCCUGGGCAUUGGGGUCUACCCCGUCAAGAUGGUGGUCAGGGGUGACCACACGUAUGCAGACAGCUACAUCACAGUCCUGCCAAAGGGGACAGAGUUUGUGGUGUUCAGCAUUGAUGGCUCCUUUGCAGCCAGCGUGUCCAUCAUGGGCAGCGACCCCAAAGUCCGCGCCGGAGCCGUCGACGUCGUAAGGCACUGGCAAGACCUUGGCUACCUCAUUAUCUACGUCACGGGCCGCCCAGACAUGCAGAAGCAGAGGGUGGUGGCGUGGUUAGCACAGCACAACUUCCCCCAUGGCAUCGUCUCCUUCUGCGAUGGGCUCGUCCACGACCCGCUGAGGCACAAAGCCAACUUCUUGAAAUCCCUCAUCACAGAUCUCCACAUGAGGAUCCACGCAGCGUAUGGAUCUACUAAGGACAUCUCUGUGUACAGCUCCAUCAGCCUCCCUCCCACCCACAUCUACAUCGUUGGCCGACCCACCAAGAAGCUGCAGAGCCAGUGUCAGUUCAUCACGGAGGGUUAUGCAGCCCACCUCUCCCAGCUGGAGUACAACCACCGCUCGCGGCCUGCCAAGAACACGGCACGCAUGGCACUACGGAAGGGCAGCUUCGGGCUGCCGGGCCAGGCCGAGUUCCUGCGCAAGAGGAACCAUCUCCUGAGGACCAUCUCCUCACAACCCUCGGCCACCGGCGGCGGCCACCGCCCUGAGCGCACCCAGAGCCAGUCUGAGAGUGACAAGGAGAGGGACAGGGAACGCAGCCAAAGAAGCAUGAGCAUCGCCACGGGGUGCUGGGGCAGGAGCGCGGCGUCCCGGCCAGAAUCCGGCCUCCUGGGGCAGAAGUAGCCGAGGGCAGAGGUGUUGGCUGCAGCCAGCGGAGGAGAAGACAAAAGGAAAGAGGGACGAGGCCGGCGUUACGGGCUGGAAGGGUAAAUAUGGUGCUACUCUAAUAAAACCGGGGUGUUCUGGGAUGAGAUGGGAUGUUUUCCCGCUGCGGGAGCGUCAGGUUUGUGCAGCAGGAGCCCGAGGAACAGCUGGAAAUUCCAGGUGACGAAAUUCCGAGUGACGAUGGCGCUCUCUCCUGCCUCCUUCUCUUAUCCAGGUUUAGUGACUGUAAAUUUGUGCCUCCUUGCCUUGUCAGCCAUCGCUCUGCCUGACCGAGCGCUGUCCUCAGAGCCACAGGAGCAGGGGAUGAGGUUGGGGACCUCGUUCUUGGUUGUCCCAGCAGUCGGACUGAGGUGUUCUGCUGGUGCCUGGGUGGGUUUGGGGGUUCUCAGCACGGUGUUUCCCCAGCUCCAAGCAAGGGGUUUAUUGGGGGCUGUGCCAGGCAGAGCACCCGAGAGCUUUACCUGUUCAAAGAGCUUCAAGUUCAGCCAUUUUCUCAAGGAGUACGUGCAGGGGCAAGGGAUAAAGUUGUGUUGAUGCUGUUGGAGAGGCAGAAUGUCAGCAGAUCCGUGCCCAAGAAAAGUGGGGUCGUUGUUACUGUUAUUUUUUAAAGAGACCUUUUAGAAGCCGAUGGAACUUAAUGCAUUGACCUAUUAAAAAAGGAAUACAAGCUAUUUUGUUUGAGCUGUGACAAACCUCAGACACUUAAUUUGCUGUUAAAGUCUCCAAAUAUUCUUGCUCUCUCUAUAUAUAUCAUUUCCAAAAGUAACCACCAUAUAUUUGGAAGCAGCUGAAGGCACUCAGCAGCUAGAUAGCAGUGCAGUUCUUCUCAUCUAAAUGCAGGGUCUGACUCUCAACACCCACCCCUGAGAUGUUUCCUUCUUCCCAGGUUCUCUCCAAGUUCAGUAGCAGAUUUCAUGGGAAGGAGACUCGCUUCUUUUACCUGUAGUUACUGAACUGUAACACCUCAUUGUUUUUUGCACUGAUGAUUUUUAGAAUGGAAACCUGUUACCAUCUCAUGUAGCUACACCCAAGUGUUUGUAGUGCAUGACAAUGAACUAUUGCUAAGCCAGGGUGUGUGUGUGGGUAUCUGUACAGAGAUACAUCUGCACACACGCCUAUACAGAUAAAUAUAUGUAUAUAUUUAAAAAAAAACCAACAACAAAUAAUUGUGCAGAAGUUUUUCCAGCAGUAAGGAGACUGUAAGGAAGUGUGACAACAAUGUCAGGCAAGCUUAAGGCCAUAUCUUAAUUUUCCUGGUGUGUUUCUCAGUGGACGUGCCUGAGCCGAGGGUUUGGACGCUGCUGGAUGAGCCGGGGAUGGGGCUGCGUGGCAGAGGGGGAGCUGCCCGUGGGUGUCACAGGGACACAGUGGCUGUCACCCAGUGUCCUCAGGGACACCAAGAGGUGUGUGUGGCACAGGAAGGGGAGCACACUGCUCCACAGCAGCCGAGGAGAACAGUGCCUAGAGUGAGGGCUUGCCAAAAAGCCCCUUAGUCCUGUCCCGGGUCAGCCCGGGUCCCUCCUUGCACACACUUCCUGGGGCAGGGGGGCAGCCCCCAGGGUGCCCAUUUACAGACUCCAGUUGGCCUCUUCACUUUGAGAUUUUCUAGUCCUCCCAUCUCUGUGUAACCCUGCUUUCCCCCCACCACACUUCCCUGUCUUUAUAUCACUUUCUACUUCUGAGGAUCUUAUUUAUAAAACAGAAGAAUUUUUUUAGACUCGGCUGCUUGGUUUUCUUACCUGUUUCAAUACGAAGUGCAGGAUGGCCGCACUGAGACACACAGCACUGUGAACACUGCUCUGCUCGUUGGCUCUGGGCCACAGUAGGCAAACCCAACUCAUCAGACAUCCAAGGGGUAAAUCUCACCUGGUCGUGGCCUCCUCCAAAGGGAGGCAGAGGAGGGACAGUGCUGGAGCUGCCGAUAGCAUCCAAGCCAAGGAGCGCUCGCACCUGCUGCCCGGUGCUGCCCGGUGCCUCUCCCACAUCUUGCAAAAUGCUGAACCACCUCUCUUUGACAACUGCUCAGUGACAGGAUGUACCUGAUGACUUCUGUCACUGCAAACUGAUUUCUCUUUCAGUGCUCUCUGAAUGUACACCCAGAGCUGAGGGGGUUUAAAAAAAAAAACAACGUAAGCGACAGCUUCUUGUUAGUUCAGUGUUCUAUCAGAUGCCAAUUGAGUAGGAAGCCAAGCCACAAUCCAUCCUUGUGAAGUCACCAAACCAAACAGCAAAAUAAUUUCUGCAAUUUGGAUAUGGCCUUUGCAAAAGUCAGCUUUCCUCCAAGUCCAUCACCAGGGCAUGAUCUGUACGUUUUCCAAUGCUGAUGAGAUGUUCACAUUUUCUUAUGUGUAGAUAUUGUAAAACAGAGGUGAAUGUAAAUGUUCAACAUACAAAGAGGAUAUAUAAAAACUGAAAGUUAUUUAUUUAUGUAGAGGAAAAAAAUAUGUCUGGAGGGACUGGAACCUUCAGUGUUUAUUAAUAUUUAAAAAUGUAGCUUUUUGGUUCAGGCAUUAUGUACAAAGCAAUUAUUUUAUGGACCAAGUUUUAUGUAACUUGUCAAGGAAUGCAGAAGUGCAAUAUUCUACUCACCUCUCCAUCACUUCAUGCUUUAAACAGCUCCUGACCUGUCUGACAAUCACAGCACUGCUCUCCUCAUCCUUUCUUGAGCUGCUUGAAACUUUCCCAGGUCCCUUCCCUGGCCCCCCAUCUGUUGCCAUCGUAUGGAUCCAACACGGAGCAACAAUUGUAGAGCAGGACCUUUAUUGCUGCAAUAAUACCAGAUGAGGUGGGUGUAGUUACCAGGAAAUAUGCCAAUAAGUUUGUUUGGUUUGGGUUUUGUGGGGUUUUUUUUCCCUCCACCAAUUCAGUCCAUCAGAGUCUGCAUCCACCUAUCCUCAGCCGCCCCCAUCUGGCACUCAUCUAUCUGAAGCAAAGAUCAACCUGCUCCUCACUCACAAAAACAACAGCAAUAGUUUAAUUCUGUGUUUAAAAACUCUUUGUUCUGAGCUGGUUUGGAAAGCAAAUGCCUGUGACCUGACACCUCUUCACCUGUAGGGAAGAGGAUCCGUGUAGGGACGAGGAUCCAUGUAGGGACAAGGAUCCGUUUGGAUGCAGUGAGGAAAAGACUGAAUGUAUGUUCCAACCUGACUGAAGGGGCACUGUCAGGUUACAGACCUGAUUUAUCUUUGGGACAAAUAAGUUGUUUGCUUGGAAAGGAAAAAAAUAGGAAGUUUCUUGUACUCCUCCCACUCACCGCUGUCUGGGCAGCCAGGGGUGCUCCUGCCACAGCCCUGUCCUGUCCUCCCACAUUAGCACAAGGCAGCCCCUGCUCUGCAGGCUGCCUCAGCCUUUCUUCUUCUUUAAAAUUGUUUCCAUGGGAACGAGCUCAGAUUUAUUUUUUUUUUUUUUUUAAAAAGCAGCUUUUUGUCUCACUGCACUACAGACUUCCGAGCCGACGUCCCUUUAAAAAAAAAAGAAAACCACUAAAACAAGAGGAACCCAUGCAUUCCCUCUGAGCUGUUUUCCUGGGUUUGGGGAAAGUUGAGGUGAAAUUCUAAUACCAAAAAAAGUUUACAGUGUCUGAGAGGCGAGCCCAGAGCAGUAACAACUUGCCAAAGGGUCACUAACAAAGCCCCGCUCCGCCAGCAGCCGCCGUGCUCGCUGUAGCAGCCCCUCCUUCAGGUACCACCGUCUGCUGCAUUUCCUGUUAGUUCUAGAAGCCUUACAGCCCCCUCCCCUUCCUCAACACCCUCCUCCGCCUGUUGAUACCCCCCCGACUGUCAAUUUUAUAUUCUGAGGACGUUAGUUAUAUUUUUCUUUAUAAAAAAACAAAAAAAACCAACACAAACAAAGCUGCUUUCGGGGUAACAGCUGUGUGAGUGUGAGUGUUUGUGUGUGUGUGAGUGUGAAGCCACUGGAGGGGCCAUGGCUGAGGGUAGUGGCCACACUGGCUCUGCCCCUGUGUGUACAGUGCUGUGCUGACACCUGCCUGUGUGUGACAAACCUUCUGUACAACUUCCUUCUCCUCCUUGCUGUCAGUGCAUCGUUCCAACACCUGGGUGUGCUUUGUGUACAGUAUCAUUGUGACUUACACAGAUUAAAGAAACAGGAAGGCUC